ACCCAAUGAAAAUUGUACUCAAAUAUUUAAUAUUAUUUCAUAAUCUCAAUCAUGUUUUAUAUGUCUUAAUUAACUUGCGUAUAUUAUUAAAGGUUUAUGCUUAUUUUUCUCGUGAAUUUUGAACUAAAAUUAUUGACGUUUUAAUUUAUUGGUAGAUACUUAACCGAAAUGGCCGCAGUUGAAUCACUUGUUAAAGUCGAAGAAAAACCAGUAAACAGAGAAAAAACUUGCCCAUUAUUAUUAAGAGUUUUUUGUGCAAUGGGACACCAUAAUAAUCUGUCUGAGUACUACCGUGGUGCUGUACCUGGAAAUGAACUCCAAAUAUAUACAUGGAUGGAUGCAACAUUGCGUGAGUUAACUGGUUUGAUUAAAGAAGUAAACAUUGAGUCCCGAGUUCGUGGAACAACAUUUGAUUUUGUUCUAGUUUCACCAGAAUAUAAUUCUCCUAGAUUUAAUGCCUUUGAAAUUGGCACUACUAUUGCUGGAAAUAGAUCUCCUGAUGACUCAAAAACAUUAGGAAAUACAAGAUUUUCAAUUGGUGAUUAUCUAGAUGUUUGCAUUACUCCUCCAGAUCGUUUUUUAAGAAGACCUGCUCCAAUGCGUUACCGUAAUUAAUUAAACAUUUUUGUAAUAUUUUAAUGCACUAUAAAUAAUAAAACAUUUUUGGACUUUUGAAUGAA